GUACAUUUCGCACACGAUAUGUGGAAAAAUAACCGAGUUGACGGAAAAAGAAAGCUUAAGAUAAAUGCUGUGCCAACGAUAUUCGGAAGUAAAGCCAAGAAGAUCAAAAGUCACCGUGAAAACAUGAGACAUACUUCACUGAAUGAUGAGGUAGGCUGUGUUAACGAACAUAAUGUACCAGUACAAAGUAUUGUACCAGUACAAAGUAUUGUAUCAGUACAAAAUGAAGAAGAAAAUAACGAUUGCGAGAAUAAACUGCAAUUAGAAAGUGCCAAAAGUAAAAAAGAAAAUAGUGAAGUUAAAAACAUGUCGCGUACAAUAAAAAAACAGAAUCAAAUUAUAUGUGAACAAUCACGUAUAAUUAAAAAGCAGAAUGUUAGACUAAGAAAAUUUAAAAAAUGCUUGCUUACUGUACGACAUGACUUAAAAUUGAAAAAGAAACAUAAAGAGCAAUCUAAUUAUACAGCUCUGUUAAGUAAGCUACAAGAAAUCUUCACUGACGAUCAAAUUGCAGUUUUAAAGAACAAUAAAAGAGCAAAGAAAUGGAGCAACAAAUCGAUCAUGAAAGCACUUCAAUUAAGGUUUUCUUGUGGCAUCACCGGUUACGAAGAACUUCGUCGCCAGAAAUUUCCUUUGCCAGGACUUAGAACGUUACGAAGAAAAAUAGAAAACUUUAAAUUUGAAAGCGGAAUUUCGGACGAUAUUUUCAAUUUUUUAAAAUUGAAGGUGUCGAAUUGGAACGAAAUUGAUAAAGAAUGUUGUUUAGUAUAUGAUGAAAUCAGCAUUUCAUCAGGAAAAUUUUUUGAUAAUUCUUCUCAAAGUUACAUUGGUGAUGUAACUUUACCAGAACAUACAGAGCCAACUCAAUAGGUCUUACCGUAAAUUCCAUUACCUCCGACAUGGGAUCUUGCAAUCAGGGUUUAUGGAAAGCGUUUGGGAUUACGGCUGGAAAGUACACCAAAUGUAUAAAUUAUGUAACACAUCCAGUUGACUCUAAUCGUAAUUUGUAUGUUAUCGCGGAUGU